CCAAAUCAACCAUUUAAUGUAAUGCCAAUGAUUAAAUUUAGCAUACACACGGUGACAAUGGAAAGCGAAGCAUUCCAGAAAUGUGGCUCAGAGUCCAAGCAGCAACAAGAAGACAUCUCGAAGGAUUCCUUUCUGCGUCAUAUGUGCGAAUAUUGUGGCUACAGGACAAGCAUACGUGGAAAUUUGCGAAUACAUAAGCGUCGCCAUACAGGAGAGAAGCCCUUUUGUUGCACCACUUGUAACGCCAGUUUUGUGGCGCAAUAUCAAUUGACCACACAUAAGGAGCGGCAUGUGGAUGCGAAUCAACGACGUUGUCGAUACAUGUGUCAGGUGUGCAAUGUAGGUUUUCUGAGUGCACGCUCUCUGUAUCAUCAUAGGUCUCUGCAUGCGGCAGUUAAGCUAUAUAAAUGCACAAUGUGCGACAAGUCCUAUGCACAGGCUGCAGGAUAUGCGCAGCACAAGCGUUGGCAUCGUCAGCAAAACGAGCGAGUAACCGCCAAAAGCAAACCGAAUGUUUCGAAUUAGCGCGCCCACUCACGUUUAACAACACUAGACUGCUAUGUCUAUCGAACGGCACUUUGCAGUUGUUUGCUUCGUUUCAAUUUAGACAUUUUUAUAGCAGCAAUACAUUUUUAAAUAAAAGGCAAAAACAGCACAUA